CGAGGACAGUACAUAUAGCUCGCAUGCCAUUUACGUUUGGUGUCGAAAUUCAUCGAACUAUUGAACUGUACUAUUUCUCGAUACACCAUGUUGCUAAUAAUUAUUUUAUCCAUGGUGAUUGGAGGGCUGUGCACAAUCGUUUUACAGAUCGUGCUGUUCUAUUCAUACAUGAGAAACCAGCCUGUCAUCGGUCCGUCCAAAAAGCCUCAGUAUGAAAGAGCCAGGAUGCAAAAACAGGAUUUGGGAAGUUAUCAAGACAUUGUUGCGAAGAAAGAACCUUUGGUUUGUUUGAAUGUUGUGUUGGCAUUCAUAUUUCGUGAAUUAAAAGACACCGAUCGUGUGCGUCGAUGGGUGGUUAAGAAGAUGAAUGUAGAGUUUGAUGAACUCCUACAAUCCAAGACAGUUGGUCGUGUUAUGGAAGCAAUCACUGUUCGUGACUACUCUUUGGGACCAACAUUACCAAUAUUCAAGAAUGCUACACUGCUGAAAGCCAAGCCGUCUGACAUGACCCAAGUACCUGAUGAAUUAGACAUUGGUUUAGAUGUAAUUUAUAAUGGAGGAUUUCGAUUGGCUGUGGAUGCUGAUUUGGUAUUCGGUAAAGCUGUGUAUGUCUGUGUUGUAUUGAAAUAUUUGAAAGGACAUGGACGAUUACAGUUAACCAGACACCCAUAUACACAUUGGUCCUUUGCAUUCUUAGAGGAACCAGAGAUGGACUUUGAAGUUGAGUCUCAGUUUGAGGGACGUAUGGUUAGUCAACUCGGCUCUCUUAUUAUUAACCAGAUUCGCCGAUCAAUACGUAAAAAGCACACCUUACCCAAUUACAAGAUCCGUUACAAACCAUUUUUCGUCAAACCAGAUCCUCCACAUGCGUCGGACGAUAUCUAUGUAAAUGAUGUUAAGAUCAGUGUUGGUAAAUUACAAGUCAAUAUUGUGGAAUGUACAAGACUUCCAGCAUUGUCUGCAGACUCUGAUAUAUAUUGUAGCCUAUAUGUGGAUUCCCUACCUUGGAAGGACCGUGGGGGUGUCAGUCGGAAGGUUGGAAUACCAUAUGACACUGUGGAAGUGGAAAUCCAACGUGUCAAUCCCUCACAAGCCAUUGGAGCAAUGUUUAAACAAGAUACAUCACUUGAUGAUGACCUAGAGGAACUGGUUGUCUUGGAAACUAUCACUCCCCAGUCACCUGCUAGUCGUACUGACUUGAAAAAAGGUGACAUUUUGAUAUCAGUUGAUGGUGGUAAAGUGACGUCAGUAAAAAAUGCAGCUAGGUUGAUAAAGCAAGCUGGGGAAAGACUAACGAUGAAAGUGAAACGACCUCUACUAAGUAUGCAGGUGGAAGAUCUAUCAGAAUCAAGUCAGGGACCCUCUGAGGAAGGUCUGAUGAUGAAAACAGAGGAUGACUUUGCUAGGCGACUAGUUUCUAAAGAAGAUGAUGAGUAUGUGAAUAUAACACUGAUGAAAAGUGCUAGCGGUGCAAGUAUAGAUGCACUGAGUACUGCAUCAACAUCCAGCAUCAGCUUGGAUGGUGAAGAAAGUUUAACAGCUGCCAUGAAACGCAAAGCAACUUCCUCUCCUAUGAUGUUAAGGAGGAAGUUACAUAGUGCGUAUGAAGUUGGAGUUCGGGCUUUAAGCGGGAAGGGGGAAGAUGUAAAGGAUGGAAAAACAGUGUCUGAUAUAGGGAAAAGUUCCCGAACUGAGUCUCAAAAACCACCGGCAGAUGGCGGUAAUAUUGGUAGUAAAGAAGGAGGGAAAUCAGUCUUGGAGACUGGGAAGGAAGUUGUCAGAAAGUUGAGCAAUGCUGGGAAAGAUAAUGCGGAAAAGAUUGCUAGUCUGCAAGUGAAAGAGAACAUAGAGAAUAAAACGAGACGGGGGAGUACGCAUUCCAUGAAGGACGAUAUCUUGGAAAGUAACGAUUCUGUAGACAGCGACUGCGUGGAUGGUGCUGUUCCCAUGCCUGGCAAGAUUGACGAUAGUAUUGAAAGUGAUAUCAAGAGAACAUCAACCGUACCUGCUUUGUUGGUUCCUUGCUGGGACGAGUUAUUCAACUUCGAAAUUUAUGAUUCUGAUAAAUACCUCAAUAUAUGUGUAUGGAAUAAAGGAUUUAUUCCGAGUAAACCAGAACAGGAGACAUUAAUAGGCUAUGUCAGCAUACCUUUGAUGAAUAUUUGUAUACAGUGUUUGACUACAGCCUCAGGAGAAUACAUGCAGACAUUUCAGUUGCAGCCACCUGAAAGACAAGCCGGCUCAAGUCGGCGUGCAGGUUUACAUCCAGAAAUAGCAGUGCACCGUGGCUUUGAAGAAUGUCUUUGUUACGGUGAUGUUACUGUUCUGUUCAACCACACACCAGACCCUAGUGUUAACGUACCAAAUGCAAAGGAAGACUUUGAAAUCAAAAAGAGAUCAGAUGAAACCGACAGCAAAGUGAAGAAGACGAUCAAUCAUACAGCCAGUCCUGUAAAGUCGUCCCAAGUAAAAUCAGCUGAUGGGACGAGAGAGAAAGAGACAUCAGGCUCUCAUCAGGGUACAAGUACUGAGAAUCGAGGUAGACAUGAUCUGAUUGGAACCCAGUUCUAUUCACCUACACGCUGUGAUCUAUGUGUAAAAAAAGUUUGGACUAAGUAUGCUUUUCAGUGCAGAGCAUGUGCCAUGAUAUGUCAUAAGAAGUGUGUGGACAAGGCGCAGACACAAACCUACUGCUCCAAAGAUGGAGCACGUUGGCGGUCCAGUAGCCUCCUUUUGUCAGAAACUAAUAAAACCACCAAAGAUGACAGUGCCGCCAAAGGAAUCAACAUACCAGCCCUCCCGAAGCAAUCAUCCCCCAAGACUUCACCUAAACUGCUACGAGGUCUGCCUCGUAUGUCACACUUACCACUUGGUAGCACAUUUCUACCAGAUACUGGUUCUGAUGAGAGUAGUGAUAGUGAUAGUCUAGCUGGUAAUGCCAGGACAUUGAAGUCACAGUUGUUACAAACCUAUGGUUCAAAAGGUGGUAAAUCCGGAGAUUCUGAUGCAUUGGUUGUGUCUGCUGCCAAAGAGAUGGGAAAAGAACUGUUCAGUAAUCUUGACAUUGGUGAGAGAAAGGAGAAACUAAACGCCAUGAUUAGUAAGCUGCAAAUGGAAAUUGACCAGGAGUCAGAAUCCAGAACUGACCUAUACAGAGAGGAAAAACAGUCCACAGACCUGCUUGAAAAGAAACGUAUAUCAGCAAGAAUGGAGAAAAGCGAUGAACGUUUACAAGCCUUAGCAUUACUAAUGUUACACUACUGUGCUGGUUUGCAUGACUGCACAGAGCAGGAAGAGAGAUUGAUCAAAAAAGAGAAAAGAUCUCGUGCUUCUUUAGAAUGCACUGCGGAUGAUGAUGUUUUCAAAACAGCUCCGAGGACUGUAACCCCGUCCAUCAAUCCUGGUGCUGUUAAAAAACUAACUUUUCGAUCAAAAUCAAAGGAGGACAGUUUUAACAUGAAGGAUGCCAAGAAUGAGGUUGAGGCAGAUAAAAACAAGGUCCCAUCAAUGGAAGUGGUUGCCGUGGAAGAAGAUGUAGAGGGCAGUCAGGAAAUGGAGCAGAAUGUGACAGAAGAAACAAUUGAAGAGAACACUGCUGUAAAAGAUAGAGUUGAAACAGAAUAUGUUGUUGACAAUGACGCCACCUGGAAUGAUGUUGUGGUGUCUGAGGGACAGGAGGCAUCGAGAGAGCAGGAGGUAAUUGAGGGGCAGGAGGUAUCUGAGCAGAGCGGCAUGGUGGAAGAUGAGGAGGAGGAGGAAGAAGAGGAAGAAGAAGAAGAAGAUGACGAGGAAACUAAAAUGUUAAAUCUAGAGAUAGCUGUCGAAGAAGCUUUGUUGCACCAGGAGCAAGAAAUGGUUGAUGAUAAUGAAGAGAGAGAAUACAUUGAUACACGGUUAGACGAUGUGGACAGUGAUAAGAGGUUGGACGCUGUGGACAGUGAUUAGAAGAGACAAACUGUUUUGAUUACUUAGCAAUUAAUUUAUGUGCUCGGUUUUAAAAUUAUUUUUAUUUUGUCUGUACAUGGACAUGAUGUUGAUUGAUUUUAUAAUUUAUUAAUUUGAUUAUUAACAAUUGUAAUUGAUUAUGUAUUGCUGUGGUCUUGCCAUUCUGUAA